AUGCCAGGGUUUGGUGAAGCAGAAACACCAAAUGGAGAUCUGUCCAGAGAACCUUGUCGGGCUGCCAACUCCCAUGACUUCCAAUCCAUACUUUCUCCCUGUUAUCCUAUCACCCUCAAGUUUAUGGACGUGUGUUACAGGGUAAAGCAAGAAAAUAAGAGCAAUGGAAGUUUUAAAAGGGUGUUCAGUAGGGGACCCACGUAUUCCGUUGAUCAAAGGUCAACGGUCUCAAUUCAAGAGCGGACGAUCUUGAACGGAAUCACAGGAAUGGUGUCCCCAGGUGAAAUCCUAGCUGUUCUCGGCCCAUCCGGCAGUGGCAAAUCAACGCUCCUUAACGCACUUGCAGGGAGACUCCAAGGACACAACCUCACAGGAACAGUCCUCGCCAACAACCGGAAACUCAGUAAACCGGUCUUGAAACGAACCGGGUUCGUGACGCAAGAUGAUGUCCUCUACCCACAUCUCACAAACACAAUCAUUGGCAACACUUUCAUACGAGGCGUUUCAGGAGGAGAGAGGAAGAGAGUGAGUAUAGCACAUGAGAUGCUGAUAAACCCUAGCUUGUUGAUCCUUGAUGAACCCACAUCGGGGUUGGACUCGACGACGGCGUAUCGGUUAUUUUCGACGCUGGGGACGGUGGCUGAGAAGGGGAAGACGGUGGUGACGUCGGUUCACCAGCCAUCGAGCCGGGUUUACCAGAUGUUUGACUUGGUUCUGGUCUUGUCCGAGGGAAGGUGUCUGUAUUUUGGGAAGGGAAGUGAGGCCAUGAGUUACUUUGAGUCUGUUGGGUUCUCGCCGUCUUUUCCCAUGAAUCCUGCUGAUUUUCUGCUUGAUCUCGCAAAUGGUACGUAA